UGAUAAGUAUGGGAUCAAAAGUUUGAAUUUGUAAGGAUUAUUUGGAGUCCAGGAAGGAGCUCAAAAGAUUACCCUCUCAGGAAGAAGCCAAGAAGGCUGAAGAUAAUAAUUUUGCCCUUAAUGGUCAUGAUCAGGUCGACUGCUCGUAUAGCUUAGGUGGCAAAUUUAACCAGAAAAUGAGCUUCAGAUCUGGAAGACAAACCAGCUGCAGUCUCACUGACACUGAAGGCGACUGAAAGUUUGAGAUCUUUGAAGAGUAUAAAAAUGAGCCAAAAUUAUGGAAAGAUAAUGAUCUUUUUAUUAACAAGGAUGCGCAGAAUUUGUUCUCCAUUUAUGUAAAUAAGCAGCCUAUUGGAAAACACUACAAGAUCGGCAAAGUGCUCGGGAGUGGAAAUUAUGCUAUAGUGAAGCAAGCUUGCAGUCAUGCUAAUCCUUCAUUUAAGGUAGCUGUGAAGAUUUACAAGCUGGAUGGGUCAAUUAAUGAACAACUCAGUAUUUUUAGAGAGCUCUCAGCUUAUCAGAGUUUUGAUCACCCCAAUCUCGUUAAGGUUCAUGAAGUUUUCUUAGAUACCAAAAAGUUGUAUAUCGUAUGAGAUCUUGUUAAGGGCAAACGUCUGUACGACUACAUUCUUGAUAGCAAGAAAAUCCCUGAAGACAAAUCUAAGGUCAUUGCCAGACAAUUGCUAAGAGUCGUCCAAUAUUGCCACUUUAAGAAUAUUAUGCACAGAGACCUGAAGCCAGAGAACAUAAUCAUUGAUCCGGAGACGUUACAGGUCAAAGUAAUAGAUUUUGGAUCAUCGAGCUACUUCUCAAGCUACCAGAACCUCAAAACCUCUCUUGGGACACCCUAUUACAUAGCUCCGGAGGUACUAAAGGGUAAAUAUGGCAAGUCUGCAGAUACCUGGAGUAUUGGAAUCGUCACGUACCUCAUGCUCACAGGAUGUCCUCCAUUCCAAGAUGAGGAUUUCCAAGCCAUCUACCAGAAGAUUCUAAAAGAGCCUCUACAAUUUUAUAGAGAUCAAUGGAUCUAUCUCAGCCAGAACUCAAUGAAAUUUGUCAGUCAGCUAUUAGUCAAAGAUCCUGCGGAGAGAGUGUCAAUUGAGGAUGCUUUGAAGCAUCCUUGGUUUGAAGAUAUUUUAGGACAGGACAUCUCCUUUACUUGUAAUACUAUCCAAAAGUUAUUGAACAAACCUCAGCAUAAUAUCCUCAGAAAGGAGAUCUUAAACCUUGUUGGCUCUCAGAUCAACUCUAGAGCACUGGCCAAGUGGAACAAGCUUUAUGCAGCCAUCUACUCCAAGAAGGUGGGUAUGGCAAGUCUGAAGAGACUUGAGAAACUCUAUAAGAAGCUCUAUGAGCGCUUUCCGGAAGCUUAUACUAUUUCUGCUGAGAUUCUAUGACAAUUUAGGGUCAAGUCUGAGAAAUAUAUCUGAUAUAGAGAUUUCUUAUCGACUCUGGUUGACUUCCAGAACGAUAUCCCUUAUUUCAGCAUGGAGACUGCCCUAGCCCAUAUGGGCGUGGGGUCUGGAGAAGAAAUCUCUAAUGCAAAACUUGAAGCCUAUCUUACCAGGAGAGGAUUUCAGGAUCCGGAUGAAUCAGCAAAGAUUCUUUAUGAGCAGAUCAUGAAUGAGCUUAAUGACCAAGGUAGUGAAAGUUUGGUCAAAUCACACAUGUUGUGUCAAGACAGUUUUUCGGAAGAGAGUGGCACUUUUAGAAGAAUAUAGUCAGUAAGAGCUCGGGGCUGUCAGAUCUCAUCGAUCAAAUAAUUUUUAAUACAAUUUUGCAAUGAUUCUAAAAUUUUCUGAGGAAUUCGCAACGAUGGAGCCCAUUAGUGUCUUUCCCCAUCAUUAAAUUGGGAUAAAAAUUAGUUGAAUUAGUUAUAGUUUAUGGCUCUAAGAGCUUCAUCUAUUCCUAUUCUUAUGGGACCCUAUUUGUCAAGAGCAUGCCACCUCCCAUUUUAUUCCACUUGCUUGAUGGAGCAUGCUUCACUAUGUAUGAACCUCCUAGUCAGUGCCAUUUUCUGGGUAAGGAUAAAGUUUUAAGGAUGAUGUAAUUAUUUACCAAUUCAAUUAUCUUAACACAUCUU